GCUCUCUAUAUCGAAAUAGAAGCUCGCGCGCGAGCGCAGGCACCUCCCCGCAAAGGUCCCUGCUCGAAUCACGCGCUUCCUCCUAAUUUAUUCCUCGCGUUAAACGAUUACAUAGGUAUAUCGAGCCGUUCCUACUACCCUCCCUCUCUUUAUCCUUCUCGAGUCUCUCCAACGCACGCGUAUCAUUCCACUACUUUGUGUUGUUUAUACAGGUCGCCAUGACGACUGACCGCAAGCCAGCUAGCUUGUUCAAUGUGCCAUGUACUAUGAGUUCAUCUUUGUUCAAACAUUAGUAUUUUGAUAUAGAGAGAGCGAUCGAGACAUGCAGCCGAGGCUCUUGAAAUUAAUCGGUCUACAAUGGCACAAAAGCGUCGUAAUAAUUUUCGUAACACUGAUCGUAGCGGCGUGCACAAGUUCCGAUUGCAGCAGCAAUCCUUGCAUGUACGGAAUUUGCGUGGAUGACCCUCACAGUUCGUACCGGUGCUACUGCAUCGACGGCUACACCGGUAUUAACUGCGAGAUCAACUGGGACGACUGCUGGUCGAAUCCGUGCCUGAACGGAGCCACGUGCAACGAUGCCAUAGCUUCCUACAAUUGCACCUGUCCCGAGGGAUUCGUGGGCUUGAAUUGCGAACAGAAGUACAGCGAGUGCAUGAACCAUCCAUGUCUAAACAACGGGACUUGCUUAGAUUAUAAUGGAUUUACUUGUCAAUGCCUCGAAGGAUUCUCGGGCGAGUUCUGCGAGAUCGACGCCUCGGUGUGCAACAACACGAUGUGCAGGAAUUACGGAGAGUGUGUCGAUGGACCAGGCCUGACCUUCACCUGUCGAUGCUCCGAAGGCUGGACCGGCAGGUACUGCGAGGAAGAUGUCAACGAGUGCCUCGCGUCUCCAUGCCAGAACGGGGGACUCUGCAUCAAUGUACCUGGAACAUACACGUGCGCCUGUCUCUUUGGCUUCACGGGGAAGGACUGCGACAAGAACGUCAUCCCCUGCGACGAGAAUCCCUGUCAGAACAACGCGGUGUGCUUGUUCGAGGACGCUCAACCUGUCUGCUACUGCGUACCGGACUACCACGGCACCUUUUGCGAGUCUCGAUACGACGACUGCGAAUCCAAGUAUGCGCACUGCGCUAACGGUGGUACCUGCCUCGACGGUAUCAACAACUUCACCUGCUCUUGUCCACCGCAAUACUCUGGCGAAACGUGCACUGUCUUGCUGGACAUUACGAGCACAACGACGGAGAUGCCGACUUUGGUUCCAGAAGAUCAGUUGACUGAGAAGACGAUUGUUCCAACGGAGGUUACCACUGCUACCGAGGUGGUUACCAAGGAGGGAACUACUGUAGUGGGCAUGACAGAGUUAUUCGAAACGACGAUUACCAGUACCACCGAAGAGGCGGAGAAGACUACGGUUCAAGAAACGACCGAUGGCGCAGAUACUACAAUGUUCACGGAAACGACCAAGGAAACGUUUACUCUGCCCGUGGAGAGCAGGACGGAAAAAGAUCUUGACGCGUUCACCACGAGCAAACAGGAUGUUACAACUACGACAACGGAGAAGACGACGUCGACGACGAUCGAAGAGACGACCUUCACGGUCUACACUACCACGGAAAAGAUGGUCGAAGUCUUUCCAAUCCAAACUCCGGAAAGUAGGAUACAAACAACGUCGUCGACGACGACUACGACGAAAAGUGUUCUCGGCAAUGAUACCACGACACAGGGUUUCACGAUCUCAGAUCUGAUCCCCACCGCGCAGUCGACGACGGAAUCGACCACGACUGUUCGCUCGACCGAAGAGAGCACGCUCGUGACCACCGGCCCGCCCGAAACCACGACUACGAGUGCUUUCACCACGGAUAAAUUAGAAGGUACAACUUCAUCACCGAACAUCACGGAAUUCACCUGGACAUCGAAACCGAUCGCGACGUCGGAUCGACCGGCGGACACGGACUACGACGAGACGAUAGCGAUCAGCAACAGCACAGCCUUCUCCGUGACCACGUCCAAGGUCGUGACCAUGCUUCCAUCCACGAUCUACCCGGAACCAGGCGCUAGUACCGACGAGAAUACAAGCCAACCGGUCACGACAGCGGAGACCCAGACGAUCGGUACCACGACAGCUGCUGAAGCCGACUUUACGACCUUGACCGAGUUUCACAGAAGCACUUUCGGGACCGACAUCGACAAACAACUGACGAGUAUACCGGUCACCACUGAAUACCAAGUGGUGCACGGGUGUACCAAGGAUCAGUGUGCCAACACCACACUUUGUCUGUACAACGCUACACAGUGCGACUGCAGUUACCAGAACAACUGCAGACGCUCGCCGAGCAUCGAUGUCGCGGCGUUCAACGGCAGAUCCUACAUCAGGCAAAAGUUCAUGAUCCAGGAGGGGAUCCUGAGCAUCUUCGUAAGACUGAAAACAAGGGCCAAAAGCGGAAUUUUGAUACACGCCUUAUUCGACGACGAGAGAUACGCCCUGCUCUACAUGGAAACGGGACAGCUCAAGUUUCAGUUCUCUUGCGGUCUGCAGACUAUGCUUUUCGGAGAGCUCGACUCGCCGGUCAACAACGGACACGAUGUCGACGUCGAAAUGAGAUUUCAGUACAUCGUCGAGCAAGUUUCCGACAAGUGCUCGGCGAAACUGCUCGUCAAUGGUAGUCUAGUGAUGAGCGGAGAACAGGUUUUACAGACACACGAGAGCAUACCACAGUUUGCUAGGAUACAUUUGGGUGGGAUUCCCGUAGCUUUUACUCAUCAAUUCCCUCAAAUCGUGCUGGGCUUUAUUGGCUGCAUGAGUUUGUUGAAGGUGAAUGACGUGAAACGAGAUUUUAUACACGACUCAGUCGAGGCUGUCCAGAUAGAAGAGUGCAAAUCAUUCCUGUGUUUAUCGAGUCCGUGUAAAAAUUUUGGAGCUUGCGAAGAAGUCGACGGCAAAAUUAGAUGCAAAUGUGUUCCUGGAUAUAGCGGCGAAACUUGUGAAAGAUCCGUCUGUGAUGACAACCCUUGCCAGUUGGGUGCUACAUGUUUGACAUCACCUGGUGUCAGUUUUCUCUGCAUAUGUCCCUUGGGAACACAUGGAUUACUUUGUGAAAAAGACACAACAGUGAUGCAACCGUCGUUCUCGAUAUUUGCGCCAGGAUUUUCGUCGUACAUGGCUUACGGCGUCAGUAGUUCUCUCAAAGAUAAUAUGGAGCUCAAACUGCGCAUAAUUCCUCAAACACUAGAGCAAAUUUCGUUGAUAGCCUACAUGGGCCAAACGGGUGGUUCGAAACGCGAUACAUCCGAUCAUUUCUCAAUAACCUACGUACGAGGAUAUCUCAUGCUCACCUGGGAUUUGGGCUCGGGUGUUAGGAGAAUUUUUACGAAUACUCCACUGAAUGUUAGAGCCCAUAAAGUUCAUACGUUACAAAUCGGAAGGAGGGGUAGGGACUCUUGGCUGUACGUUGAGGGUAUAGGCAAUGUAACUGGUAGAGCUGCUGGUAGCAAUACUAGGUUGGACGUUUCUCCGAUUCUUUACAUCGGUGGGCAUAAAUCAAAAUAUUUUCAAACACUGCCACAUGACUUGCCACUUCAUACAGGAUUUUCUGGUUGUAUAUAUGAUAUUGAAUUGCGCACAGAUGAUAAUGUCUUCCCUGUAACAAUGUCUAGUCCAGCAACUGGUAGAGGUGUAGGAGAAUGCCAUAGAAAUGAGUGUUCUCAUCAUUCAUGUAAAAAUGGAGCAGUAUGCUUAAAUUAUGGACCCACAUACAGCUGCAUUUGCAUGAAAGAUUGGGAAGGACCUGACUGUUCUAGUCCAGUGAAUUGCACUUCAAACUCAUUGUGCCAUUAAAAUAGCAAAUGAGGUUAUCAUGACAGAAACAUAAUAAGAAAGUAGAUUUAUAUCUGAAGUGUAGUUAAGUUACCUUCACGUAGAGUUUGUUGCCUUGACUUUUGGUUGACUGUUUAUAAAAUUUGAGUUUAGAUGAAUGAACAGGAUUGCAGCUGCUAGGCGUGAUUGUAAAUCAUACUUUGAAAGAUCGUGUGACCACUCAACAUUUCCCCAGUGAGAAAUCUGGGGGAAAAUUUUUUGUAUUUAAUCGUAUACGUUGUGAUAGUAGAUUUUAUGUUUGUAAAUUUUAGUACCUGAAACUCUUCCUCCAAUCUAGAGAGUGCAACAGCUUCUUCAACAGUAAUCACUCUUUCUGCUGCAGCAAAAGUUAAUAUGACAGAUUUCACAGAGUCUACUCCAUAUAUAAAACCUGUAAAUAUUAGUUUAUUCAGUUGAUCAAUGUAUAGUUUUGGAAUUGUUAAAGUAGAUUGAAUGAUUGAAAACGUGCAAUAAAUAGUUUUUUUUUCAUAAUUUUAAAGCUCUGUUGUUAGAUGAAGUAUAAAGUUUUUUUUCCUUAUAAGUAUCAAUUUAUACACAUUUAUAAAUAUUGCAUCAUGUUCAUUAUUUUUAAUUAUAUCAAUUAAACUUACCAAAACCUGCCUCAUCAUUGUGAGAUAAUAACUGCUUUGUUAUUAUAUCUUUUGUAUUUUGUGGUACUUUGGGAGGCUCUAUACUUCUUGUCUUAACAAUAUCAACUUGAUAUCGAUCACAAAACCAUUGUAUGAGAGGAUCCCAUUUUUGCUCUUGUAAUUUAUACAAUUCGUCUGAUUCCUAUAUUAAUAAAGUUUUAAAUAAA